AGGAUCAUUUAAGAAGCAAGCCAAAUUCAACCAAUUUGUUCAGCAGUGGAAAGAAACCGUGACACUAACCCUUGAGCCUGUCCCGGUACAUUCAGAGAAGGCUACAGCGGAAUCAAGUCAUGCCAUCCCAUCAUCAGCCUUCCCAGCAGUUUUCAUCAUUCCUAAAUUUCCCAGAGAUGUUCAGACAAAGUUGGACCAAAAACCGCCAUGCAAAAUUGAGAGAUCCGAUCACUACAAAAUCAUAAGAACAUUGUAUGAAACCAUGGCCCUGAUCAAAAUGUUCCCGACCAAUGAUGACUAUGUGAAAGUGUGCAAGGCCCUGAUUUUGAAGUACCCUUUCUUAAAGGACAAAGAAGGCAAUGGUUAUCAUACCUGGCACAUGUCUCUCAAACGUAAGUUCAAAUAUGAGCGGCUGCCACUGAUAGAUGAUGAGGAGGUGAGAAGAAUGAAACUGAAAUUUGGUCAUCACAAAAAGCCUUUGCAACACAAAGAAAACACAAGCAAACGAGCCAAGACAUCAAAGGAGGUGGAUAUUAUUGGGGAGGAUGAUACCUCAGUAGCGAGCCAUGUGAAAGUCCUGCAGGACCAGUACCGGAAGACACAGCCAGAUGCCCGAAUGGUGGAGGAACGGAUGAUGAGGACAUUCGCUUGGAGAAGGCGAGAGAUUGCCAAUGGGAUGACUGUCGAAGAAGCCAUUAACAAAUAUCCAUUCCUUAAGAGUCCAUGCGGGGAAACAGUAGUGGGCGAGGAGGAGCAGGGGCCCAGUGAUGCUGUCAAUCCUCCUGAACCUCCGGAGAUGAAUGAACUAGUCGCAGUUAUUCGAUCUGCCUCAGAGGCUUCCCAAUGGAGGUACGUGAACGGUUACAUGAAUCCAGCAGAUUGUGUAUCAAGAGGCAUCACCGCAAGUCGCUUCAUGAGAGAUGAAGUCUGGUUGUCAGGGCCAGAGUUCCUCCGUCUCCCUGAGCCUCAGUGGCCUAAAGUUCCAGAUUUGUGCCUCACAGCCAGCGACCCUGAUGUGAAAGUACUUGCGGUAACGGUUACCACCAAGGAGGAUUGCACAGACACAGUCAACAAGUUGCUCACGUACUAG